AUGUCAAAUUCGGCAGUUAUUUCACCAAUUCGAAGCAACCGUCAAGAACAAGAAUGGUAUGAAUGCAAACAAGGAGCAGAGGAAACAAUUUAUGAAUUUAUUAUACGCUUACGAGCAUUAUGGACCGAACAUAAACCAAAGGAAACUGAAGUUGAUCUGAUCAAACAUUUAUUCCGUAGAAUGAAUAAUAAGUCACUAGAUAUGAUGACUUCACUACCUCGUGGUGCAACAUUAGAUAGAAUUAUUAAGGAAGCUCAAGAAGUUGACCAAAUUGUAUAUCAUCGUCAAAAAGGAGAACGUCGACUGAAGGACUUAAAUCAAGCCUCAACUCAAAUUGGUAUUUUGGGUGUUAACCAAUCGCAAUAUAAAGAUACAAUAGCUGCUCAUCAACAAACAACAUUUAAUAAAAAGAAUACUGAUCGAUUGUAUCCAACCACAAAUUAUUGCAAACAAACACCUGCACAAAUCGGCCUGGAAGAACUUCUAAAGCAACUGAAACAACCGUUCAUUCAGAGACCGAUUGAAGUUCAACGAGAAACCGAAAAAUCGAUACAAUUAGUCACAAUCGAACAAGAAGAUUCAAUUGCUGAACAAUUGACAUCUACAAUCGAGAUAGAUGAAGACCGCAGUCUAGAUUCGUUUUGGCCCAUUGGAACUGAAUCAUGGUAUAUUCACGAAAUCAGACCACAACGAAUUUUUAAUCAUAAGAACUUUUCACAUUCGCCCAGAUUGGUUGAAAACAUAUCUGAUGAAAUUCAACCAGAAGUUCCUGAGAGUAUCUCGGAUUUUCAAACAGUUAUUUCAUCAAACGAGAUAGUACCUCAAAUCGAUGAAGUACACAAUCUUCAAUCGCACAAAAUUAUAGAACUAGAUGUACAUCAACUUACAUCCGCUGAAAAAAGUUCUCAAAAUACGGAAACAUCAUCACAACUUUUAUGUGCUCUUCCAUUGGAUAACGAGCAGCAACAAACUCACUUAGAACCACCAGAAAUAACAAAUAUACGAUGCAAGCCGAAAUUAAGGUUUGGUCGGCAUCAUACGAACCGGAAACCUGGGUUACAUGAUCUAUUAUCAAUUUCAAAAGAACGUUUUACAAAAUAUUUACCAUAUGUUAAAACAAUUAAAAUACUUCGGGAUCUGGAAUCACUUUUAAUCUAUGCGAUAGUUUAA